AUGGAAGCUGAGAGGCUUAAGGGUAAAGUCAUCAUAAAGCAACGGCAUGAAACUCUAGCUAAUGCAAACAAGGACCAAGAAAAGCCAAUGGUUGUUUCUCACAGUUCUUUCUCCAAACCUAACACCUCUGUUUCUUCAUCCAUGAUUAAGCAGAAGUCACCACAGGAGGUCAAGAAAAGGAAGAUCCCCAGAAAACCUAAAAGUCUCAACUCUAAGGCCAAGCAGGAUGUUAUUGACUUCUGUUCUAAUAGAUUUGCACGUGAGAGCGUAGUGUCUGAUAACCGGCAGAACGCUAGCUAUGAACGAAAGAAGACCAGGAGGACCACGUUUGAUGAUUUGUAUAAUAGUAUUGAAGCUAAGUUUACUGUGAUGGAGCGAGCGGGAGUGGUGCUGGAAAAUCUAUCUGCUGAAUCACCCAGCUUUGUUAAGUGUAUGCUCCCAUCAAAUGUUGCCCAUGGAUUUUGGCUGUUUCUGCCUAAGGAAUUCUGCGAUUAUCAUUUGCCAAGCCAUGAUACGACAGUUAUUUUGGUGGAUGAAUUUGGAGAUGAAUACAAAACAAAGUAUCUUCUUGAAAGACAUGGACUGAGUGGUGGGUGGAGGGCAUUUUCCAUUGCACACAGAUUACUCAAGGGAGAUCUUCUGGUUUUCCAUUUGGUUGGACCUUGCAAACUAAAGGUAUCUGUUUGA